UGCAAGAGCCAGGACAAAGCUGUAUUAGGCAGGACCAGUACACAAUCUGUUGGGUGAGUGUAAUGAGUUGCCUUCUGCUGGCUUUUCUCUAUGUGGGUAGUUUAUAUAUCUGCUGGAGCACCUUACCAAGGGACCAUCCAAGAGUGAUAAAGCGUCGCUCUGUCAGUGUAGCUCUGGUGUCUGCAGCGUCUCCUGCGUUUAUGAAGCUAUGGAUGCACUGGGCUGAUGUCACAGUUGAAGAGUCCUUGUGGGAGCUGAUGGGAGUUCGUUUGAAAGGUUUCAUUCCUGCAGCUGCACUGCCUUUGCUAUUGACUACAUUUUUCUAUCUGGGGCCCCUGGUUCAGUCUGCUUUGGACAAUCCUGACGGGUUCUCUGGGGAACUUCACUCUGCUCUGGAUGUCCAGAGUUGGAGGAUGUGCGUUCAAGACGCAGUGUGGCUCAGGAACCAGGUGGUGGCGCCAGUGACAGAGGAGCUGGUGUUCAGAGGGGCCAUGCUGCCUAUGUUGGUGCCUUGCACUGGAGCCACAGCUGUUAUCUUCAUUGCUCCUCUGUUCUUUGGUGUUGCCCAUCUACACCACAUCAUAGAGCAGCUUCACCUGGGAAAGGACAAUGUGAGAGCCAUCUUCCUGGGGGCAGGGAUUCAGUUUUUGUACACAACUGUGUUUGGUGUCUUUGCAACUUUUAUUUUCCUGAGAACUGGUCAUAUUGUGGGUCCAGUUUUGUGCCACUCAUUCUGCAACAGCCAGGGUCUCCCUGACAUUGGUUCCGCUCUGAGCUCCCCUCAGCGUUCAGCUGUACUGAUCUGCUAUCUGACUGGAGUCCUGCUGUUUCUGGUGGGGCUCUUCCCCUUCACAGACCCCUUCCUCUAUGGAGCCAGACCUGUCUGCAGCCUCGCCGCCUCUCAAGCUUUGGAAUGUUGA